GUGGAUUCACGUGUCACGGUGCGCAUGUAGUCUGGUAUUUACGGUAAAUCACCUGUGGCUACAAGUGACGUAAGCGCGCAGGGCUUGUUUUUGUAUUGCAGAAGUCCGGCAGAGGCGGAAACAACGCUGAGCUAACGUCCAAAUAACACUGAGGAAACUCAUUAAUCUGUAUUAGAAAUUAAUCUGAAAGAUGUUGAGGUGCGUUACAAAGAAAAACUAUUUAUAUUGAUAGGGGGGAAAAAAGCUAAGAGGGAGUGAGGCCGCCCGUACGGACCGCUGGGGAGUUAAAAACGAGCGAGCCUCUCUGCCUCCACCACCCGUGGAAGAACUACAUCCUGAAAAAAAAAAAAAAAAACGAUGCAUACACCCUGAACAGCUGUUUGUGCAUGCAUGCAUACAGCACGCACAGCCGCCGUACAGGUGAACAACAUUUAUUUAACAAGAGGUGAGGUAAAGGUGGUGCAAACAUGGAGGAGAGCUGCAGCUUCCAGAGCCAGCUGCUGUCCGUCAUGGAGGUCCUGGCCAAGGCGGCUGUGGCGGAGAUAAACCGGCGUGUGGACGACAGCUGCGCGGUGCUGCGGCUGGAGGUGAGCCAGAGCCGGAGGGACAUCGACCUGCUGAAGGGCAAGUGUGAGGUGAUGGAGGCGGAGCUGAGGAGGAGCAGGGUGAGAGCCAGGAGGAAAGUGUUUUAUCCUCCUGCAGCCGAGAGAUUCUCCCCUUUAGUCAAAGUGGUGCUGAACAGAGACAGACAGACAGACUGGGACAGACAGAUGGACGAAGAGGCUCCAAGUCAACCCCAGCAGUGUGCGCCCGAAGCCGGACAGAUACUGAUCAAAGAGGAGAGUGCAGAGGAGGACAUGUGGAAGAGCAACUCGGAGGACAAACUGAUCUCUGAAGCCGAGCAGACGCAAUGUUUCGAAGCCGAGCAGCCUGCCCAGAUCGACGGCUUUGUGGAGCGUCUCCACCCAGCCGAGAACCCAUCCGACCCCGGAUCUCUGCUUUCCCGAGCAGACGAGUAUGACACUUUCCCAGACCAGCAGUUGAACAGAAACCAAAUCGAGUUAGAGCUCGUGGUGAAACACGAGAGAGAGGAAGAGCCGGACGAGAACGCAGCUCCUGUGGAUUCAGACCACGCGUUUGUGAUCGAGGACGGCGAGGGACAGCUGUGGUCGUCCGAACUGUGCAGGGAUGCCGUCGAGCCGGGCCUCUCGUUUGCGGGGCAGCAUUUCGAGCCGGUUCCCUCCGCGUUCCCGUCUCAAAGUGGACUGCAUUUGCAAGACAUGGUGCCCCGAAUUCAGUCGGUGAAAUCUCAUGCGGUCGCGGUGAGCGCAGCACGAGCGAAAAGACGAGCCAGAACAUUUGGAUGCAAGAGGCCGCAACCAGAUGAAGGACACGCUUUGUCUCAGAUUAACACCGUGGAUCUGAUUCCACAGCAAGCACAGCAUCAGUACAGAGACUCUGGGCCUCAGUUGAGGGGCCCAAACCAGGAGUCCACACCUCCGAACACGGCAGCCUCUUCUUUCUACGGGCACAGCCGCGGCAGCUUCGCCCUGUCGAGGAGGAUGAGGACGCCCUGGAGGUCGGGCAUCGGCGAGAAGAGGUUCAGCUGCACGUACUGCGACAAGAGCUUCAUGAGGUUCAGCCAGCUCAAGGAGCACCUGAGGAGUCACACGGGGGAGAAGCCGUUCAGCUGCCUGCAGUGCGGCAGGAGCUUCACCAAACAGUGCAACCUGAUCAGACACGCGGUGGUCCACAGCGGCGAGAAGCCCUACGAGUGCUCGCUGUGUGGGAAGUGCUUCACCCAGCGCUCCAGCCUGAAGUCCCAUCAGAAAACAGCACACUGAGCGCACAGGCUCUGAUUUUCUACAUUUGAUUUGUGUGUUUGAUGGAAACAUUUCAAGUCUUUAACUUGUUUUUCAUAUAAAACGACGAUGAUGACAACCGCCCCACCUAAAUAUUUGCUCCCACCCACGACGUGCUUCACUUUAUUUUCAGCUUUCAGUCUAUCAGACCUUCAUCAGCAACAGACAGGCACCCCCUGGUGGUAGAAGGUCCGCCUCUUUGGGAAGUGUAGUUUUUAAGCACUAAAUGGAGCACUUGUGAUGUAAUACAAAAACACACACACAACAAGGAAGCACCUUAUAGUAGUACCAUGCAACGUCAGGGCUUUGAGAGCGAGAGAGAGAGAUCAGGUUUGAGCCUUCAUGAAUCAGAGAUCCACAGAUUUAUACGAGGAAAACAAGCGAAGCAGCAAGAGCGACAUCAGCGACACAGACCCCGAAUUCUAUAUUAGAAACGAAGAGAAGAAACUACGUAUCAAGGCGUAUGUAGGCGUAGGUUGUUGUUGUCUCCAAGAUGAAAGCACCAUCGCUUGAAAGACAGAACAACUCAUUUGAUUUUGGCUUUAAUUAGUAUUUUCAGAUUUCUUUAUUUAUUGAAAUCACGACUCUUUCACAGGAAACAAAGAACGACAAUAGAUGGAAAUCCAUUCUCAUAUUGCUGAGGUGUAGUAACAGCCUGUAGUGUACAGUGUCAUUAAAGGGAUGACAUCAUGCCACGAUGUAUGUUAUUAUAUUUUAUUCUCCACAACCACUCGGUGACCCCCAGAAAUGAUUUCAUGACCUGACCCCUAACGCUGUUUUAGAUCAAACUCAAGAGCCGUGUCAUGGGAGAUAUUAUUGUGGCCAGAAUAAUAUUACUAACUCAAUAUUAUUUAUAUUUAAUAGAAAUAAUGUGAUCUAAUAUUGAUCUAAUUAAACAGGCAAGUCUGGAAUCAUAACAUGUAACAUGUUUAGCUUGUGGCCAGUGUGGUGUGGUUGUACUUUGAAUUUUUUCCUGUCGCUCCAUCCAUCACACUGAAGUGUUCGCUGCGUUAUCUCACAACAAUAAAUAACUGUCAAACGUGCGAACACACAAUUUCAUCGCUGGCUGCCCGAAGCUUGGAGGGAGAAUUUGUUUAAAACAGUAAACAGUCAAGUUUAUCUGAUCUGUAUGAAAAACAUGCAAAAACCACUGAUGCGGUCCUUUUUAAAUGUGUUUCUUCCUGUUUGGACAGAUUUAUCUGACGGUUACAGUCGAGUUAGACGAACACGGAACACUCACAACAACAAUCACGUGUACGAGUAUGUUGAGAAAAGCAUCAACAGUCAUAUUGUUGCAUCAUAUUAAGUGUUUUUCUGUGUAUUAGUUUGUGUUUUGGUUCUGUGCUCUUACCUGUACACUCCACACCCUGCUGUGUCACCUGGAAUUUACCCUCAUAAAGGUUUAUCCCCUCUACACACACACACAGAAGUAUGAAUGAGACACUAAUUACAAAUAUUACAGAUAAAAUAUUAAUUUAAUUUGAAAUAUGUGUGAACAUAGGGACGUCAGUUUCAAACUCUUUUUUUUUUAUAUGACAAAUGUAA